UCGAUUUUUUUCUCCCCUUCCAAUUCUAGCUUUGGCCAAUUUCAAUCGGGAUGUCUGGACGCGGCAAGCAAGGAGGCAAAGCUCGGGCUAAGGCCAAGACUCGCUCUUCCCGCGCCGGGCUGCAGUUUCCUGUGGGCCGUGUGCAUCGUCUGCUUCGCAAGGGCAACUACGCGGAGAGAGUCGGAGCCGGGGCGCCCGUCUACCUGGCCGCUGUGCUGGAGUACCUGACGGCUGAAAUCCUGGAGCUGGCGGGCAACGCGGCCCGGGACAACAAGAAGACGCGUAUCAUCCCGCGCCACUUGCAGCUGGCCAUCCGCAACGACGAGGAGCUCAACAAACUCCUGGGCAAAGUCACCAUCGCCCAGGGAGGCGUCUUGCCCAACAUCCAGGCCGUCCUGCUGCCCAAGAAGACCGAGAGCCACAAGGCCAAAGGGAAGUAAAGAGCGCGCCCUCCUGCCUACAGGCUCACUCUUAGCCGCCAAGAACGACACCCAAAGGCUCUUUUAAGAGCCACCCACCUUUUCAUAGAAAGAGCUGGGGAGAACUUAAAGGGGUGUGUGUUUUUUUUUUUUGGGGGGGGGGAAGAAUUUAAAAUCUGACCUUGAUUUCCCUGGCAAUAAUAAAAUUUUAC